GUCUAUUUUGUUGGGUGUGGCACAGAUGAACCUCGGAAUUAUAUUAAGUUACUUCAAUGCACGUUUCUUCAACAAUACGCUUGAUAUUAAGUAUCAGUUUGUGCCACAAGUGAUCUUUCUCAACAGCCUUUUUGGAUACCUGUCUCUCCUCAUUGUUGUUAAAUGGUGCACUGGAUCUCAGGCGGAUCUCUACCAUGUUAUGAUUUAUAUGUUCCUAAGUCCUUUCGAGCCUCUUGGUGAAAACCAGUUGUUUUGGGGCCAGAGUGUGCUUCAGGUAGUAUUGCUGCUUUUAGCACUUGUUGCUGUUCCAUGGAUGCUUUUCCCAAAACCUUUUAUUUUGAAGAGACUUUACACCGAGAGAUUUCAAGGCGGAACUUAUGGCCUUCUUGGAACAUCCGAGGUGGAUACUUAUGAAGAACCAGACUCUGCGAGGCAACACCACCAUGAGGAGUUCAAUUUCAGUGAGGUUUUUGUGCAUCAAAUGAUACACUCUAUUGAGUUUGUUCUGGGUGCUGUCUCUAAUACUGCAUCAUACCUUCGGCUGUGGGCUUUGAGUUUGGCUCAUUCUGAAUUGUCUACUGUGUUCUAUGAGAAAGUUCUCCUCCUUGCUUGGGGGUAUGAUAACCUGAUCAUACGGCUGAUUGGGCUAGCAGUAUUCGCCUUCGCCACAACCUUUAUACUACUCAUGAUGGAGACUCUUAGCGCAUUCCUUCAUGCAUUGCGUCUUCAUUGGGUGGAAUUCCAGAACAAGUUCUAUCAUGGCGAUGGCUAUAAGUUCAAGCCAUUCUCUUUUGCUGCAUUAGCAGAUGAUGAGGAUUAGUACACAACCUUUAUUUUCCCCUUUUUUCCCGGGAAACCGCAAUGAAGAGGAGUUUUCCAUAUUCAGGGAAAAUUGAAAAACCUUACAGGAAUUUUGGAAGGAUCCAAUUUUGUCUGACUACUAUUGCGCACUUUCUGUUGAUGAAGCAGCUGGUUUUAGCAUAGAAUUGUAAAGUUGUGGCACACAUAAUCUUUCAGUAUAGAGGUAACAAAAGGUCUCUGCUUGAGGAAUAGUUAGCUGUUAAAGAAGAGAUCUGUAAAUUUUUCUUUAUAAAAUCUUUUACAUAUUGUUUCGCAAACACGAAUAAGUUAAUUGUAAAGAGGGAAGUCUUUAUAGCAUUUAUCUUAAGGGUGUCUCAUUCUUUUGUGGAGGCAAAUUUACAGAAUCAGCAAAUGCCUGCUCCUUGUAUACAUUUUGUGAGUCUCUACAGAUUGUUGUAAUAAUAGAAUCAUCUCUUUGAAUUUC